UCACUAGGUAGACUGGGCUUACCUCCUCUGCAGAAAGAUGUCCUGUGGACAGAUGAUUAGUUCCCGCUGCCUGCCACCAUGUGAGAUGAUGUGCCCAGAACCAUAUGCGGCUGCCUGUAACUAUCCGAAUACAACAUCGUUUGGAGACUCAAGAGCCGUGGUCUUCGCACCUCCCGUCAUCAUGACUUUCCCGGGACCGAUUCUCGCCUCUUGCCCUCAAGAAAGUGUCGUGGGGGCGGCAGAGCCAUAUCCCAUUGGGGGAUAUCCUGGGGGACCCUAUGAGGGUUCUGGGGGAUCCUAUGGAGGAUCAAGUGGAAUUGGAGGCUCCUAUGGGGCCUCCUAUGGGCAUUCUGGGGGAUCCUACGGGUAUUCUGGAGGAUCCUAUGGGGGAUCAAGUGGGAUUGGAGGCUCCUAUGGGACUUCUGGGAGAUCCUAUGGGGGAUCAAGUAGAACUGGAGGCUCCUCUGGGGCCACCUAUGGGAGUUCUGGGCGUUCCUCUGGUAUCUCUGGGGGAGCACGUAGUUCUGGAACCUCUUAUGGGGUCUCUGGGGGAUCCCGUGAAGGUUCUAGGGGAUCCCGUGGGGUAUCAGGUAGAACUGGAGUCUCCUCUGCGAGUUCUGGGGAUUCCUAUGGGAUCUCUGGGGGAUCACAUCGCUCUGGAACCUCCUCUGGGGGCUCUGGGGAAUCCCCUAAAGUUUAUGGGGAAUCCCAUGAGGGACCAGGUGAAAGUGAACACUCCACUGGGAUUUCUGGUGGUUCUUAUGGGAUCUCUGGGGGAUCACGUCGCUCUGGAACCUCCUCUGGGGGCUCUGGGGAAUCCCCUAAAGUUUAUGGGGAAUCCCAUGAGGGACCAGGUGAAAGUGAACACUCCUCUGGGAGAUCUGGUGGUUCCUAUGGGAUCUCUGGGGGAUCACGUCGCUCUGGAACCUCCCCUGGGGGCUUUGGGGAAUCCCAUGAAGGAUCAAGGAGAAAUGAAGACUCCUCUGAGAGUUCUAAGGGUUCCUAUGUGAUCUCUGGGGAAUCAUAUGGUUCUGGGGACCCCUAUGAAGGUUAUGGUGGAUCAUACGGUGUGGGGGGCUCUGGGAUUUUCAGGAGCUCUUUCUUUUCUAGAUGCCCCCCAGGCAGUUUUAGCAGCAGUUUCCCUUUCACCCGAUUUGCCUAUCAGCGCCAGUUUGGAAACAAUGAGUUCUUUUAA